CUCAAAGAUGGCGUCGGCUCUGGAGCCUGUGGUCUCUGACUGCAUUUUUAGCCUUGUUGUUGUCUUCGUCUCGCUCGGUUUCGGCAGCUUCUGCGCCGCGGCUCGACACGAAAUUCCGUUUACGUCAGCUGCUGAGGUGCAGCAGGGAUGAAGGUGAUCAGCCCUCAGCGCUUCCUGGCGUGAGAAAUCUGUUCCUACCCAAAGCUGAAAGGCCCUCGCAGUUGGAAGAGAGGAAAAAGAACAAGUGGCGUCAAGGAAACGAGGAUGUUUGCUGUAUUUUCUUCACCUUUUAUCAUCACAACACUAACUUUAUGAUCUGGAGAUUUCCAUCGUGCCGCACCACUCACACUACGAACUCGCUAUAUUUGGAACUGCAUGGUUGUUUUUGGGAGGACCUAAGGUUUUCUUUUUUUUGUAUUAUUUAUUUAAUUUUUUAAGCUCUUGAUGUGAAAGGACAUUUUUUAAACCCUAUAUCUUCAAGACCAGCCCUACUCUGCGAGUGCUGUGGGAUUUUAAUUCACAAGAGACUUGCUACUUCCUCCUCUCCCUGCUUUAUGCCAGGGACUUUUACCUGGCUGAAAGUGGGCGGUGGGUGGAUUAGAUUUUACUGGGUAGAGGCUUGGCUCAGGGGGAUAGUGCUAUGAUCAGCUGCUCUUUUCCGUGCUGCUCGUACUCAGCUUCUGAGGGACUCUCUGUGCGGCCCCAGGACAAGGGAUAGACAGCAGGUAGAGGGCGUAGAGGAGGUGGCGGCGGCGCUACGGCGCAGGCCAGGCAUUUCCUUGGCAUACAGUUCAUAUUUUGUGUGUGUGGGGUCCUUGCAGUAGAGCCUUCGGGCUCCUGCACCCACCAAGACUGCAGCGAUGGUGAAACUGGCAAACCCAGUGUACACCCAAUGGAUCCUAGAGGCCAUCAAGAAAAUCAAGAAGCAGAAGCAAAGACCAUCAGAAGAGCGGAUAUCCAAUGCCGUCUCUAUGUCCCAUGGUCUGGACCGCAAAACGGUUUUGGAGCAGUUAGACCUCAGUGUUAAAGAUGGCACCAUCCUUAAGGUUACCAACAAGGGUCUGAACUCCUACAAGGACCCAGACAACCCUGGGCGUGUGAUUGUGCAAAAGCCAAAAGGUGGUACCAGCUCUGGAAGUGGAGGAGGUGCAGCAACAACAGGAGGCAGUGGCAGUGGUGGAGGAGGAGGAGGAGGGAGCGGCGGCAGCAGCAGCAACAGCAGCAGCGGUGGUGUAUCUCACUCGCAUUCAGGAAAGAAACCAGGUCUUGAUUGGAACAAACUGAUCAAACGAGCGUUGGAGGGGCUUCACGAGCCCGGAGGCUCCAGCUUGAAGAACAUUGAGCGCUUUCUCAAGUGUCAGGCUGACGUGGCAGCCUACCUGUCAAGCAGCAGUUCUGUGGGACCUGGCCUCUUCCACCAGCAGCUGAGAGUAGCCCUGAAGAGGGCUGUGGCCCAUGGACGUGUGGUCAAGCAGGGUCCACUGUUUCAACUAGUCAGCCGUAGCAGCUCUCAAGACGACGGGACCGGAACGGUGUCUCUGGAGUCGCUACCACCUGUCCGAUUGCUUCCACAUGAAAAAGACAAGCCGGUGGCAGAGCCCAUCCCCAUCUGCAGCUUCUGUUUGGGGACGAAAGAGCAGAAUCGUGACAAGAAGCCGGAGGAGCUCAUCUCCUGCGCCGACUGUGGCAACAGUGGCCACCCGUCCUGUCUAAAGUUCUCCCCAGAGCUCACAGUGCGAGUAAAGGCUCUGUGGUGGCAGUGCAUCGAGUGCAAGACUUGCAGCAGCUGUCAGGAUCAAGGCAAGAAUGCGGACAACAUGUUGUUCUGUGACUCGUGUGACCGGGGCUUCCACAUGGAGUGCUGUGAUCCUCCUCUCACACGGAUGCCAAAAGGCAUGUGGAUUUGUCAGAUCUGCCAGCCCAGAAAAAAGGGAAAGACGCUUUUACAUGAAAAGGCAGCAGAAAUCAAGCGGCGCUACAACGCACCGCUGGGGCGGCCCAAGAACAGGCCGGGGCGGCCCUUCAAGAAGCUGGGCGGCCGAGGUCGGAGGAAGCGCUCCACCUCGGCCAACUCUUCCUCCAGCUCCUCCUGCGAGGGUUACCCCGGCGACGACCGGCUGCUGUUUUCGAUGCGCGGAGACGACGACCAGUCGCACAGCAGCCUGCACUUCAACAACAAGACCAAGGGCCUCAUCGAUGCCCUCACCAAGUUCUUUACACCGUCGCCCGAAGGCCGAAAGGCGCGACAGGAGGUGGUGGAUUACUCACAGCAGUGCCGCAUUCGAAAGAAAGCCGGUCGCAAAGAAGGAGAUGACAGAGGAGACAAUCAGGACGGCAGCGACUGGCGUGACGAAGACGAGAAACUGCCUGGCCACGAGAACCUGACAGAAAAAGACAUCGAGCUGUUCAGACACAUUCAGGAGUUGGCACUACAGAAGGUGGGUGUGACGGGUCCUCCAGACCCUCAGAUGCGCUGCCCAUCAGUCAUUGAGUUUGGCAAGUUUGAAAUCCAGACUUGGUAUUCGUCUCCCUACCCGCAGGAGUACAGCAGACUACCCAAGCUCUACCUGUGCGAGUUCUGCCUGCGCUACAUGAAGAGUCGCAGCAUCCUCUACCAGCACAUGAAGAAGUGCAACUGGUUCCACCCUCCAGCCAAUGAGAUUUACAGGAAGGAUGACGUUUCUGUGUUUGAAGUUGAUGGAAAUGUGAGCACAAUCUACUGUCAGAACCUGUGCCUGUUGGCCAAGCUGUUUCUGGACCACAAGACCCUCUACUACGAUGUAGAGCCCUUCCUUUUCUACGUCCUCACCCAGAACGACAGCAAAGGUUGCCACCUCGUUGGCUACUUCUCAAAGGAGAAGCACUGCCAACAAAAAUACAAUGUAUCAUGCAUCAUGAUUCUUCCACAAUAUCAGCGCAAGGGCUACGGACGUUUUCUCAUCGACUUCAGCUAUUUGCUGUCAAAGCGGGAGGGACAGCCUGGAUCUCCAGAGAAGCCUCUUUCGGACCUUGGUCGGCUGUCCUACAUGGCCUACUGGCGCAGUGUGGUGCUGGAGUGUCUCCAUGAGUUUCGUGACAGACAGAUCACCAUACGCCAACUGAGCAAACUGACGGGGAUCUGCCCGCAGGACAUCACCACCACCCUGCACAGCCUCAACAUGCUGGAGCAACGAGGGGAAAGGCUUGUGCUGGUGCGACGAGAGAAGGUGGUGGCCAGCCACAUGGCUCGCCUAAAGGCCCGGCCACGGCAGCUGGACGUCGACCCCGAGUGUCUUCGUUGGACUCCGGUAAUUGUAACAAACACCGUGGUCUCGGAUUCUGACAAAGACAUCGAUGAGGAGGAAGAAGAUGCAGAGGAAGACCAUCACAAGGAGGUCAAGCCAAGCCAGAAGAUCCCCCCAGCACCCUGGCAGAUGCAGCAGAGUGCAGACGAUGAGGACACAAAGGGCUUCCUGGGGUUUCCCAUUAGCCAAAGCUCUCCAAGUUCCCCCUCCCUCCGCUGUCCAACGGUCCCAGAACCUCCACGACCCCAGCCGCCAACAAAUGGAGAGCGUAGGCCACGCGGGCGGCCGCCAAAAAACUGGCCUUGGGGCAAAAUGAAGAACAGUGCACGAGUCGGACGACCACCUAAGACUGACUCAGUAGAAGAUGACGAUGAUGAAGAUGAGGAAACGACAGUGGGGGGAAGAACAAUGGCUUCUUCCAGCAGCCCACCCUCCCUUUUCUCCUUGGACAGGCAAGCAGAUUCUGCAACUUUUCGCUCACUGGACAUGGCCAGACACCCCUCAAUAACCCCCAUGACUCGAAGAGGGAGACCCCCAAGGAAGAGGAGGGGUCCGAAGCCGAGACUUCUAGAAAUGUCUGCAGAGGGGCUGACGCAGCUGUCUGUCAUAUCCAGGUUGACUGAUGCUCCACUGCUCAGUGAAAGCAGUGAUGAAGAGGAUGAGGACGAUGAUGAUGAGGACGACGACGAUGAUGAUGACGAUGAUGAUGAUGAUGAAGAGGGCAGGGCAUGCUCCCCACCCAUCCUUACAAAACCAGCAAUAGGGCACAAAUACAAGAAGCCCCUGAAGAGGCCUCGUUUUCGCCCCCGCAGCCACCCUCAAAGCAGCGUGGUGACAGAGACCAUUUCUGAAACCACCGAGGUUUUGGAUGAGCCCUUUGUAGACUCAGACUCAGAGAGGCCUAUGCCUAGACUAGUAGAGGAAACAUCCCUCGGCCACCAACUGCGCCGCUAUCCCACUGCAAGGUCUGCCCUGAGGCUGUCUGAACCAGCACCCAAAAGGCUCUGCCACUCCAACGUCACCGAUUCAGAGGAAGAUGAGCUAACACCGGUGCUGAAUCCGGUAGCUGCUCUGACGGUAUCUCCGUCAGGGAUGGCCACAACCAAUCCUGAAGUCCCAGUCAAGAAGAAGAAAGGCUGGCCGAAAGGCAAAAGCCGCAAACCACUACACUGGAAGCAACGCGAAGCUGGAAAGUCUCCUUGUGGUGGGCCCAACCGGGAAGCGACUGGAGACGGCCAGGUUCAAAGUGGGGAUCCCCAACCCCCCAAAAUCAAGAUGAAGCCUGGCCGCAAGCCCCGGAGCUGGUACCUGCAGCGGGAGGAGGCAGAAAGGCAGGAGAAGGAAAGACAACGUGGCAGUGCUCCUCAGAUGCUCCAGUCAGACACCAGUAAGAGACUCUGUGGAACCAGCAAGCUGAAAGACUCUGAUGAAGACUACGACGAUUUCUCUAAACCUGUUGAACAGAAGCUGCCAAGAAGGAGAGGGAGGCCUCCAAAGAACCGCUCACUCCUCCAGUCUUCACAGCCUGCCCCCAAACCCCGUCCCACCUCUGAGCCUGAUGAAGAGGAAGAUGAUGAUGAUGAGGAGGAGGAGGACACUGAAAGAGGGUGGGUGGAGGACAAACCCAGCCGCCCACCAUCUUGUCCUUUGCUGUCUCCCUCUUCCUCCUCCUCAUCAUCAGGGCCUCGGGCCUCACAGUCCCGGCCUCAAGACACAGACAUGGGUAACCGAGAGGAGGAGGAGGAUGAUGAAGAGAGAGAGGAAGAGGAAAAUGGCAGCAUGGGUAGUGGAGGGGGUGGUCUCAGCAGACAGUCUGCUGCUGCUCUAGGAUCUGGAACCAGGCGCAGUGAAGACCACGAUGCUGACGACGAAGGUGAUGGACACUUAGAAGACAAGAGCAACAAGACAAGAAAAAGACCAGAGUCAGACGAUGAGGAGGAGGAUGAAGACGAGGACGAGGAGGAGCCCGCCUCACAAGCAAACUCUCCCCCCGUCAAAGAAGAACCCCAAGUUGGAGAGGCUUUUUUAGAGAUGGAGAACAGCGUGGCCAAGAAUUACAUCAGCAAGCGGGAGGAGGAAGAAGAGGAGGAGGAGGAGGCUGAGGAAGAGGCAGCUCAAGAGUCCAAGUGUCAGCCUCCUGCCGCUGACCCUCAGCAGGAGGAGAGGCAGCGCAGAGAGCAGGAAGAGUCCGCUGCGGCAGCUGCGGCAGUGGAAACUGUCACGGCCAUGUCUGUUCCCUCUGAAACCAUGCAGCUGCAGUCUCUGCACGCCGACGACAAGGACGUCACGCUGCUGAUGGAGCCCCCGCACCCACAUGCUCACCCCCAUCAGCACUCUGACUUUAAGGAGGAGCUCAGCCACCAUCACCCACACCACCCACAUCAGCACUCCAAUGAGCUGGACCUGGAGACCAUGCAGGCAGUCCAGUCCCUGACGCAGGGGGAAGCCCAGGAGGAAGAGACAGAACCGCAGCCGCACCAUGGGGCGUACCAAGACUGUGAGGAGACCUUAGCUGCCUGCCGCACCCUACAGAGCUACAGCCACGCAGGAGACACUGAGGAGGAGACACUGGCUUUAGUGGAGGAGUGUGGUGCCUCACAACACAGCAGCCCCCUCCCCAAUCCCCCCGUGCCACCCCUGCCCAAUCAGUCUGUGCGCUCAGCUAACAGUCCAGGGUUGUCCUCGGGCAUCGUGGACACAACACCUGCUGGGCAGAGAGGUGGAACGCCUGGUCCCACUGGAUCAGGGGGCAGUAGUGGCAGCGGUUACACUCAGAUCACACCAGAGCACCCCAGUUCUCUGUCUGCCCCGUCCCAGCAGAACAUGGAGACGUCUCCAAUGAUGGAUGUGCCGUCUGUGUCGGACCACUCGCAGCAGGUUGUGGACAGUGGCUUCAGUGACCUGGGCAGCAUCGAAAGCACUACAGAAAACUACGACAACCCCAGCAGUUAUGACUCCACCAUGGGAGGUGGGGGGAAUGGGACAGGCGGUGGGGGGAAUGGAGGGGGCAUAUCAGCUGCUGUGGUAGGAGUGUCCACAGCGUCAUCAUCAUCCUCUUCAUCCACGUCUGCCACUCAGUCGUCGUCCUCGCAGUCCAGCAGCUGCUCCUUUGUGCAGGCUCCCAGCCUCACCUCUUCCACAGGAAACGGAGGAGCCCAGCUAGCUAUGGGCAGCUGUAGCCUCAUUCAGCAAGCAGGACCAGCGCCCAACAGUGGACCAGGUGCUGGUAACGUGAGCAGUGCUGUGCCCCAGCCUCCACCACCCCCACCACCUUCCAACACACCCAGCUGUGGCAUCAAGUCCCCUCAGAGCUGCGGGGUUAUUGAGCGGCCUCCCAGCACCAACCAGCAGCCCCAGGCCCAGAAAAAGGUUUCCCAACAGCCUCCUCAGCAGCAGCAACAAGCCCCCAACUCUCAGCCCCCUUCCUCUGCUCCUCCACCACCACAGCAGCAGGCUCUGUCACAGUGCAGCAUGGGCAAUGGCUUUGCCUCCACGCCCAUGAUCAUGGAGAUCCCAGAGAGCGGGGGUGGAGGAGGGGGCCGCACUCUCUAUGAGCGUAUGGGUCAGGACUUUGGCACGGGGAGCUACCCCCAGUCUACUGCGACGUUCAGCUUGGCCAAACUCCAACAGCUUACCAACACUAUCAUGGAUCCUCACGCCAUGCCAUACUCUCACUCUGCCUCCGUCACCUCCUACGCCACCAGUGUGUCCUUGUCCAACCCUGGACUGGCCCCUUCCCCCCACGCUCCUCUUUCUCAGGGCCAGCCCACUAUGACCUCACCUCCCAACCUGAGCUCUGGCUCCAUGAACCUGGGCUCGCUGCAACUGCAGUGCAACAUGCCCGCCACCAACAUUAGUCUGGGACCCCCCCACACACAGAGGCUGCAGGGACAGAUGGCUACAGUCAAGGGCCACAUCUCCAUCCGAUCUAAAGCUACUCAGCAGCUGGCCCCGGCCCCACACCAACAGCAGCUUUACGGCCGCAGUUCAGGGGCUGUAGCCAUGCAGGGCACACCUCGCACCUUAGCGGUACAGCGCGGUAUGAUGCCGAACCUCAUGCCCACACCGGCGCCCUACAACUCCAUGAACAUGACGCCUCUGAACGCCAUGUCAGCCGGCUAUCGCAUGCCCCAAACCAUGAUGAACAGCGGCUAUCACAGCAACCCCGCGUACAUGAACCAGCCAGCUCAGUACCCCAUGCAGAUGCAGAUGGGCAUGAUGGGAGGGCAGGGUUACCCACAACAGCCAAUGCAGCCCAAUCACCAUGGCAACAUGAUGUACACUGGCCCUUCCCAUCACAGCUAUGCUGGAGUCCCAAAACAGUCACCUUACAUGAGCAGAUGAGCAACGAAGAACGGAUGUGGAGACGUUGGGCUAGAGUUACUGCUCGCUGUAUUCUACAUGUCCAGUACUCCUUCUACCUUAUCCAGUGCCUCGACAGGCACCUGGGGGUGAAGGGGAUCAGAAACGGAGCAUGAUUGGGUUUCCUGUUUUUCAGUGUUGUCCUUAUGUCCUGAUUUUAUCGGGGCUUCUCCCAUCCCCUGCAGUUUGGGGCUGGACGAGCACAUGGACCUCAGUGCUGCAUCGGCCUUCUGGUGUGGUUCCACACAGCCAUAGGAGUUUCCUUUUUAUGAUGCAGCACAGAAGUGGAGGACAAGAAUGACCAGGAAACGACACAGAAAGACACUUCAGGAAUACCUUGCUCUGUGAGACUGCUGACCAUGAAAACAGUGGUUAACUGAAUAUAUCCAACCAUGCACACAAUCUUUGAAUUAUUAUAGGAAGCCUUACAUGGAAAAAAAA